CGGGUGGAGGUCUGCGUCAAGAGAAGGCUGUUUCCCGUGGUGGUGCCGGUCAAAGGGUCCGGUAGGCGAGAACGGUGGGAAACAUUCGUCCUUAAGUGUUGAAGAGAUGCUCAAGCGCGCCCGGGCGAAGCGGGAUCAACAAGCUCAUUUCGAGGGCAUGCCGCACAACUACAGACGGAUGCGUAACAGGGAAUGGAAGCUACAGGACCUGCAAAACCGUUUGUUGGAGGUGGGGGUGAACAGGAUGACUGACGACAUCGGCAAAAAGUGGGACAACCUCUUCCAACAGUACAAGAAAAUGCAACGGUAUCAGAACGCAUCUGGGGGGAAGAACUUCUUCAACCUGACACCUGCAUUGAGAACGAAAGAAGGUCUCUACUUCAGAAUGGACGAGUGGAUAUACGAUGAGAUCGACGCCAUGUCGAAGGGCAACAAGACCAUCUACUCGAGCAAUGUCGCCAACACGAGCGGCCAUGGAGGAGUGCAGAUGCCAUGUUCCCCUUUCGUUGCUGGAGAAUCCGCCGCAGGGGGUGAUAGGAACGACGAUGACGGAUGCUCGAUGCGGGAGUCCGACCUCAGUGCAGGCAGCACGGGAGGGAACUGCAAGAGGAAGACCAUGCGCCAACAUACAUUUGACGCCAUAGCUGAAGUUAUGGAGAAGCAUGGCGCAUUGAUGGCUGAAAGUAUCGAGGGGGCCAGCAAGCAACAAUGUUCCAUUAUGGAGCGGCAAUGUGACAUACUCGAGCGUGAGGUUGAUGCCCAACAGCCGCACUACGAGGUGUCUGAUGAGGCGAACAGGAUGAUGUGCACUGUAUAGCUGGAGAUCGCCAAAGCCAUCAGGGAUAGGUCCUGAUGGCGCCUUUGCUCGUGUGUCUGCCGAUAUUCUCCCACGGUCGAUC